UGGGGCUAUAGUUCAUUGGAGGUAGCAAGAUGGCGUCGAUAAUAAAAAUCGUACGGCUUUCAAAACAAUUACCGAUUAAACCAACAAAUCCAUGUUUUAUUAACAGCGUACGGACUGCUGUUAUGAAUAGGGAUUGGCAACCUGGCCCAUAUCCUAAGACCGAAGAGGAAAGAAUUAAAGCAGCGAGGAAAUAUAAUAUGCACCCUGACGAAUAUGUUCCUUAUCCCGAUGAUGAUCCGAAGGGCUUUUGUAAAGGAGAUUACCCGGAUAUGCCUUUGAUAGGAGCCGCGGCAAAAGAUCCGUAUUACCCUUACGAUAUUCCAGAACAGAAAAGGAAUUACAAUGAAACUCUUCCUGAGGAAUUCGAUAUGUUAGGCCAUGACAAACUUGAUUUUUUAGGAACCCGGGAGAGGUUUUCGACUUUGGAAAUAUAUCUAACUUUCUUUGGAAUGAUCGGUGUAACAUUUGGUAUCUAUAUUCUAGUAGAUGACUACAAACAUUUCCGACCAGUGUUGGCAAAGCAGUUUCCAAAAUCUGGGGAAAAACAUUAUACCUUUGAACCGGCCAAAUAAAAGAUCAGAAGUCCGAGAAGAAACUUCGCAAAUGAAUGUGCAGUAAUAAAUGCUAUAUGAAUAGGGUGCAUUUUAAUUCACUUUGGUGCAUUUUUUUCUCUGCACAGUCGCACACUAUCAUAAACCCGUAGGUGAAAUUGUAUAUACGCAUUCCGGAGAAAAUAUAGAAGAAAAAUUUAAA